AUGGACAUUCACAAUGCUUUCUUGCAUGGCGAACUUGAUGAGGAAGUUUACAUGAUCCCACCACCCAGCUAUUGUAUUAAGGGGGAGACAUGUUUCAUUCAAUCUCAGACCGAUCACUCUCUAUUUACAUUGAUCACUGCUACCAGCCUCACAAUUGUUCUCGUUUAUAUUGAUGACAUCUUGGUUGUAGGCAAUGAUCUUUCUCAAGUCUCUUACUUCAAGUCUGUUAUUUCUACUCACUUCAAAACCAAGAAUCUUGGACCUCUCAAAUAUUUCCUUGGACUUGAAGUUGCUCGAUCCCCUUUAAGCAUUUUUCUUAAUCAACGAAAAUAUGCCCUUCCUAUGGAACAGAACCUGGAGCUCAACGACACUGAUGGUGACCUUCUACCUAAUCCCGCCCCUUACCGACAAUUAGCUAGGCGCCUCAUUUAUCUCACCAUCACCAAAUUUGAUAUCGUUUUUGCGGUGAAUAUUCUCAGUCAAUUCAUGCAUACUCCCCAGAUUCCACACAUGACAGCUGCCACCCGUGUUCUUCACUACAUUAAAGGCACUCCAGGUCAAGGCAUUUUCUUUUCUUCCUCUAAUGAUCUUCAUGUUAGUGCUUACACCAAAUCUGAUUGGGUCAGUUGCGCCACCACUCGGCGCUCUACCACUGGUUUCUUCAUCCCACUUGGUUCUAGCCCUAUUUUUUGGCACACUAAGAAAUAUACCACAAUUGCCCACUGCUCUACCGAAGCCGAAUACCGCGCUAUGGCUGUCACUACAUGUGAACUAGUCUGGUUACAACAACUCCUUCAUGACCUCGGCAUCUCACACACAGCUCCCAUGACCCUCUAUUGUGACAAUCAGUCCGCUCUCUACAUUGCUCACAAUCAUAUUUUCCAUGAGCGCACCGCACCAAACAUAUUGAGAUCAACAGCCACAUUGUCCGUGAUAGCUCCGUUCUGGUCUCUUCACCACCACUCAUCUUCCCUCUUCUGA